AUGUCUAAUAACGUAGUGGCUGAUUUGGUGUGUGGGCUGAAGGCUCGUCACACAGAGACGCGGCACAGGGCCAUUCGAGAGUUAUUACAUUUCGCGAAGACUGAGCUGCGUGAAAUGUCUCAGGAAGGGAUGACGCAGAUCCUGGAUGAUUUUAACCAGCACAUCCACACGAUGACUUCCAGCUAUGACAACCACGAGAAGAAAGCCGGCAUUCUUACUAUAGUUUGCCUCAUUGGUGGAGAUACAGAAACAACUAAGACGAGAACCAUCCGCUAUGCAAAUUACUUGGGAAAUAUCUUUCCAUCAACUGACAUAAGUGUUUUAGAAUUAGCAGCCAAAACCAUGGGUCGCUUAGCAGCAUCAUUAGGUGUAAAACGGGGAGAAUAUGUUGAAUAUGAAAUAAAAAGAGCUUAUGAAUGGCUAGCGGAAGAAAGAAACGAAGGAAAACGACUUUCAGCUGUCCUCAUUCUUCGAGAACUAGCUAUAGCUAUGCCCUCAUAUUUUUAUCAACAUAUACAUCAUUUUUUCAAACACAUAGUCGUUGCUCUUCGAGACCCGAAAGAUCAGAUAAGAGAAGCAGCAGCCAAGGCAUUGAGAGCCGCACUGGGAAUGACAGCCCAGAGAGAAAUCCCUGAAAAUAGCAAUAAAAUUCAAUGGUAUUCUGAAUGUUAUGAAGAGGCUGUGACAUCUUUCACAGAUCAAGCUCCUAGAGACCGAGGGCUCAGCAGAGAUGACCAUGUGCAUGGUGCACUCUUGAUAUUGAAUGAACUCUUGAGAUGUUCCAAUGCAGCCUGGGAGAAAAAGUAUACCAUGCUGAUGCAAAAACUGGAUGCUGAACAAGAGACAUCUGAUGACAUGUCCUCCUUGAGUUCUAAAGUCCAAAAUGCAUGGUCAUUGAGUACUGAUGAUACAAAUCAAAAUACUCCCAUAUAUGAAUCUAAUAUUUGCAAAAAGUUGAUCACAGAGUAUUAUGAAAAAAUCUGCUCAGAUGUGAUGGCCCAGCAAAUUUCUAGGUCUCAUCAUGUCCACCAGUUGUUGCUUCUGUUAAUACCAAGACUUGCUGCUUUCAACAGAGAGUCAUUUGCAAGAAGACAUCUCAAGUCUACAAUCAACCACCUUAUUACCUUUCUGAGAGGUAGAGAAAAAGAAAAGGCUAUGGCUUUUACCACAUUGGGUCUGAUUUGUGUUGCUGUUGAAUCAGACAUUCAACAGUACCUACCAAGGAUCAUUGAAAUAAUUAAACUUACCCUCCCUGUGAAAGAAACACCAAAGAAACGCAAUGGAUCAGAUACUCCAUUGUUCAACUGUGUAACAUUGUUAGGAUAUGCCAUGAAAGAAAAUGUUGUAAAUGAUGUAAAAGAGUUAUUAGAUCCUAUGUGUGCCACAGGCUUAAGCCCACAGCUCACCACUUGUUUUAAAGAGCUUAGCCAAAAUAUGCCCUCUUUGAAAAAAGAUAUAACUGACAGACUAAUAAAUAUGUUGUCAUUAAUAUUAAGAAAAAAGCCCUAUGUGCCUAACAAUUCAGAACAACAGAUUGUCCACAUGAUGUCUACAGCAAUGCUAGUAGAGCCACAUGAUGCUACAAAACUAGUGCUUGCAUUGCGCACUUUAGGAUCAUUUGAUUUUGAAUGGACCAAUACAAUUAUGUCCUUUAUUAGAAGAUGCACAGACCACUACUUACUGAGUGAGCAACAUGAUAUACGCUUAGAAGCCGUUAAAACAGCAGCCAAGUUGUUAGUCAAAGCUGUUGAAAGAAGCUCACAGACAAAUUCAAGAACUUUAAAUUUAAUCAUUGAUGAGUCACUCGGUAAACUCUUGGCUGUAGGGCGUUCAGAUUUUGAUCAAGAAGUCCGUUACAGAGUACUAGAGGUAUUUACAAAUCCAGUAUUUGAUAAACACUUAGCUAAUGAAGAACAUUUAAGCUGUCUUUUUGUAGCUAUAAAUGAUUCUAAUAGUGAGGUGAGUGAACUAGCUCUAUGUGUCGUGGGGCGACUGAGCAACAUUAAUCCGAGCUAUACUACACCCACAAUGCGCCAAUUAUUCGUGCAGAUCCUAAUGGAAUUGCAACAUUCUGAAUCUACACGGAAUAAGGAGCAAUCAUUACGAAUGAUUAAUAAUAUUAUAUGUCAUGCUCCAAGGAUAACUCAGCAGUUUGUGGAUAUUAUCCUCAAAGUACUUGUACCUAGAUUGAAACAAGAAGAUAGCAACACAACUAUGGUUUCUAUUAUAUUGAAAGCUAUUGGCGAUUUAGCAGAAGUGAAUGGCGGUGGACACGCUUUAAACCAGUGGUUAGAUGAGCUGCUGUCAUUUCAAGUAGAAUUAUUGUCAGAUCCAAAUCAACCAGAAAAACGAAGCAUUGCACUGUGGUCGUUUGGGCAAGUUAUAAGUGCCACAGGUCACGUUAUCAUGCCUUAUAUGGAGUACCCACAUUUAAUGGAUUUAUUGUUAAGUUUUCUAAGAAGUGAGCAACAAUCGCGAGACAGGCGAGAGACUAUAAAAGUGUUAGGGUUGUUAGGAGCAUUAGAUCCAUACAAGCAUAAAGUAAACAAGGGAUUGAUCGAUUUCCAAACAGUUUCAACUCUGAUACCCAUUACAGAAUCGUCGAAAAAUGAUUAUUAUGACACAAAUGUAAGUGAUAUGUUGGUUAAAAUGGCUCCACUAGUCCUUGAUGAAUUCUAUCCAGCCAUUGUGGUUACGUCAUUGAUGAGUAUUUUACGAGAUCCCCAGUUGGCGCAACAUCACACGAGUGUGGUGCACUCAGUGACGAUAAUCUUUCAGUCAUUAGGCAUUAAAUGCGUUCCUUACAUUUCCCGCGUCACGCCGAGCCUACUGUACGUAAUACGCAACACAGAGAACAGCAGUUUCCGCGAGUUUCUGCUGACUCAGCUGGCACAGCUAAUAUCUGUUGUGAAAAUACAUAUUCGGAAUUAUCUUGAAGAUAUAUUUGACAUGAUUAGGGAGUAUUGGACUCCUGACAGUCAUUUGCAGCCCACACUUAUAAUGCUGGUGGAGCACAUAACGGUCGCAAUCGGAACAGAGUUUAAAGUUUAUCUCAGAAAAAUAUUGCCAAAUAUUCUGAGAGUACUAAAGUAUGAUAAAAGUAAAGACAAGUUUCUGACUGAAAAAUUGUUGUACACCAUCCAAAAAUUCGAAAAUAAUCUGGAUGAUGUUCUUCUAUCAGUGGUUCCCGCGAUCACGAACUUAUUUGAUGGUAAAAAUAUACCGAUAUCUAUAUCCAGACUAGCAAUGGAAACUAUGGAUCAUUUGUCUAUGUACUUGUAUUUAAAACCGUAUUCGGCCAUUAUCAUUCAAGCACUGGCGAAGGUAUUGGAGAAUAAUCCCACUCUGAGAUCAACAGCAAUGAACACGCUUUGCGCGCUGAUCGUCCAGCUCGGCCGUGAGUACAUAGACUACAUCCCCUCAGUCGAGAGACUGAUGCUGAAGCACAAAAUCGUGUGUUCAAAUUACAUCGUGUUGGUGACGCGGUUGCAAGUUAUAUCAACACUUGCAUCUGAUGAUGAUUAUUUGGAUGAAACUAGGUCGCGACUGCGUAAUCAGAAGAGUGAUGUUUUGUCUAACACUGCUGAUUUGCAAAGUAUACAGAAGCUGACCGUCAAUGUUAAUAACCUCCGCAAGUGCUGGACUACCAUGAACAUAAUAUCCAAAGAAGACUGGCACGAGUGGCUGCGCCAUUUAAGCAUUGGGUUUCUCACUGAAUCUAACAGCCCUGCUUUGAGGGCUUGUUCGUCAUUAGCGCAGCAUUACCCACAACUGGCUCGGGAUCUGUUCAACCUGGCCUUCAUGUCUUGCUGGACGGAACUAGACGAGCGCGCGCGCAAGGAGCUCGUCACCUCCCUCGAGAGAGCGCUGACAGUCCCGGACUCGCCCGAACUGGCAUUGGCUGUGUUGAAUCUCGCAGAGUUCAUGGAACAUUGUGAGAAAGGCUCUUUGCCUAUACCCAUCAAACUGCUCGGAGACACCGCAAUAAGUUGCAGAGCUUUUGCAAAAGCCCUUUAUUAUAAGGAAGAAGAAUACAAAAAGAAUCCAUCCACACAAGUAGUUGAAGCUCUUAUACACAUCAAUAACAAACUCCAACAAAAAGAAGCCGCAAAUGGGCUUCUGGAGAGAGUCAUCACGCAACAAAAAGAUGGCAAAUGCUCGUUGAAUGUGCACGUGCGCUGGUACGAGAAACUGCAUAACUGGGAGCAAGCGUUGGACCUCUACAGUAAGAACCUCGAAGUGGAACCUCAGGAUAACGAAUCCAAACUCGGGCUCAUGCGAUGCUUAGAAGCUAUGGGUGAAUGGCGUAAGCUUUACGACAUCACCACGGAUCAGUGGACUACUCUAGACGAAGACGUCAAACAAAAAUCCGCCAAAAUGGCAGCCGCAGCCUCUUGGGGUCUGCAAGAAUGGGAUUCGAUGAAAAAGUUUGUCGACUGCGUAUCUGAAGAGUCUCAGGAAGGUGCAUUUUACCGCGCGAUAUUAUCUAUCCAUGAUGGGCAGUGGUCGGAAUCCAGACAUUACAUUGAUUCAGCCAGAGGCAUGUUGGACACAGAACUGACAGCCGUGGUCGGCGAGAGCUACCAACGAGCUUACGGGGCUCUAGUAAACGCACAGCUCUUGACGGAAUUGGAAGAAGUCGUCACCUACAAACUAGUCGAGGAAAGAAGAAAUACGAUAAGGAAAAGUUGGUGGCUGAGACUCCAAGGAGGCCAGCGGCUCGUCGAAGAUUGGAGAAAGAUGCUGCAAAUACGGGGACUGGUACUCUCCCCUCGCGAAGAUUUUCAGACUUGGCUGAAAUUCGCAUCUCUCUGCAGAAAAACUGGCGCCUUCAAUCAAGCACACAAGAUAGUGCUUUCUAUUUUAGGUUGCGAUCCCGUUAACAAUCCUGACAUAUUAUUGCGAGUGCAGGAACCGAGAGUAGUUUUGUCGUACAGUAAAAAUCUUUGGGAUGCUGGCAACAAACGUUUUGCAUACGAUGUUUUGCAGAGAUUUGUAGACAGCUCUGAGCCAGACAACGAUGAGCAAUCCAGACUUUUAGCUCGUUGCCAUUUAAAACUAGGAUCGUGGUGUGAAUCACUCCAAGAAAUCAAUGAGCUGUCGAUUCCUGAAAUAUUGAGAAACUACGCGGCUGCGACAAACCUAGCGCCUGAUUGGUACAAAGCGUGUCACGCCUGGGCGUGUAUGAAUUUUGAAACGGUCUUAUUCUACAAACAGCAAGACAAUGUAUCUGAAAGCAGCAUAGCAGGAGGUUCUGGUGAAAAGAAAGUCCUGAGAACAGAUUUUAUCAACACAUAUACUAUUCCAGCUAUUGAAGGAUUCUUCAAGUCUAUUAGCUUGUCAAAUGGCAGUGCUCUCCAAGACACUUUGAGACUUUUGACUCUUUGGUUUGACUACGGCCAUAAUCCUGCUAUUUAUGAUGCAUUGUUUGAAGGAAUAAGGCAGAUAGAUAUUAAAAUCUGGCUGCAAGUGAUUCCACAACUUAUCGCUCGAAUAGAUUCCCCAAGGACCCUCGUCGCCAAGUUGGUGCACAUUCUAUUGAUCGAUAUCAGUAAGCUGCACCCGCAAGCCUUGGUCUAUCCUUUGACGGUGGCCACGAAAUCUUCUUUCGUGACUCGCAAGAAUGCGGCCAGCUAUAUUCUAAAGACGAUGUGCUCUCACUCUCAGAAUCUAGUCAACGAAGCUGCCAUAAUAUCCGAGGAGUUGAUAAAGGUGGCAAUAUUGUGGCACGAUCAGGUCAUCAUAGCCAUCGAUGAGGCCUCAAGAUAUUAUGCAACCGAAAAGGACUACAGAAGCAUGUUCAAAACUCUGGACAAAAUGCACGCCAUGCUCGAUCGUCCAGCGGAAACGUUGAAAGAGAUUUCGUUCCUUCAGAUGUACGGCAGAGACCUCAAAGAGGCUCAACGGUGGAGUGAACUUUAUAAGGCAACAGGCGAAGACCGGUACCUGAACGAGGCGUGGGAGCUGUACUACCAGGUGCUGCGGCGCAUCAUGGCGCAGUUCCGCUCGCUGCAGUCGCUCGAGCUGCAGUACGUCAGCCGCCGCCUGCACGCGGCGCGCGGCCUGGCGCUGUGCGUGCCCGGCUCCUACGUGCCCGGCGCGCGCGUCACGCGCAUCCAGCACAUACACAGCCACCUGCAGGUGAUCAAGUCGAAGCAACGCCCGCGGCGGCUGACCAUCCACGGCUCGGACGGCAAGCAGUACAUGUUCCUAUUGAAAGGCCACGAGGAUCUUCGGCAGGACGAGCGAGUGAUGCAGCUGUUCGGGCUCGUCAAUACUCUCCUACGAGCCGACGCGAGCACAUUACGUCACGACCUGGCCAUCCAGCGCUACGCCGUCAUUCCGCUGUCGCCCAACUCGGGCCUCAUCGGCUGGGUGCCGCACUGCGACACGCUGUACAACCUCAUCAGCGACUACCGCGACAAGAAGACCAACAAGAUGGCGCUCAACACCGAGCAGCAGAUCAUGCUGCGCAUGGCCUCCGACUACCAGAACCUCAUGCUCAAGCACAAGGUGGAAGUAUUCGAGUACACCCUAUCACAAACGCCUGGCAACGACCUAGCCCGCCUUCUAUGGCUGAAGAGUCCCUCCGCUGAGGCGUGGUUCGAGCGGCGCACCAACUACACGCGCUCGCUGGCAGUCAUGAGCAUGGUGGGCUAUAUCCUCGGCCUGGGCGACCGACACCCCUCCAAUAUCAUGCUGCACCGAGUCACUGGGAAGGUCCUGCACAUCGACUUCGGAGACUGCUUCGAGGUGACGCAGACGAGAGAGAAAUAUCCUGAGAAGAUCCCCUUCAGACUGACAAGAAUGCUGAUUAAUGCUAUGGAGGUGACGGGCAUCGAAGGCACAUACCGCUUCACGUGCGAAUCCGUGAUGCACGUGCUGCACAAACACCGGGACAGCGUGAUGGCGGUGCUCGAGGCGUUCGUCUACGACCCGCUGCUCAACUGGCGACUGGUCGACAACGACCGCCACUCGCUCACCGCCUCCACCUUCUCUUCCGACAUCGACUCCUCCUACACUCUGCCCAGUCGGUCCCGGAACCACCUGCAUUACGAGUCCCUCGAGGCGCCGCCCGAGGUUAACGUCAACAAGCGAGCCGUGGCCAUCCUCAACCGAAUCCGCGACAAACUGACCGGCCGCGACUUCCCCCACAUAGAUCCUGUGGUCAGCGUGCCCAAGCAAGUCGACCUGCUCAUCAAGCAGGCCACCAACAACGAGAACCUCUGCCAGUGCUACAUCGGCUGGUGCCCCUUCUGGUAAUUUGAUCUGAGAAUUACUUCUUUUGCGACAUCAAAUGGAUAGUUGACGCUAUUAACCUAUAAUACCAAGACAGAUUUUUUGUAAGUCAUCCGACCGAGCGAACGAAGAAUCAUUGGUUUUUAUUGCCAUACAAAUACGGUCAACUAUCAAAUUCGUGAGUUAGUCUAUUAUGAUUUCUUUUGUCUACAAUAUAAAUCAGAGACACCACCAUAUCUAACACUUUCAUUUCAUGGCUUUAAUUUGUUUUGUUUAAUUGUUUAGAAUUCAGUUUUAUUUUUUAUUGUUAAAAUACAUAGUAUAUUUUAUUUGCAUUUCUAAUGCAGGAUUACCGCAUUUAUGAGACAAUGUAGGUACUGUUGUUGUAAGUCGAGGAGACUGAUCACACGUUACUAGCGAUAUUAGCAUUGUAGCUGUUACUAUAUUUUCUCUACUUUUAUUACCCUGUACCUAACCUAUUUGUCGUUGAAUUUUGUAAAACACGCUUCGUUUUAUUAAACACCUUAGUUAUGUAAGCCACAUCGUUUUUUGUAAUAGGAUAUGUUUUCCGAACGUAGGCUUGUCAAAACAUAACCCCGUGUAUUAUCAUCACCACCGCAUUUGUAAUCUGUUUCUACCUCUUAUGUUUAAGGAAAUGUUGCAUUUAUUUAUCGGAUUGUUAUUGUCCUACUAAUUGAUUUAAUUAUGAUUGUUACAUGAAAAACAUCUAAUCUCAACAACGUCAUACUGUGUACUUGCAAAAUGUGACUUGAGGCAAAUACAUGCAUCUAAAGACUGCUUGAAAACUGAUAAAUCUGUAGAAUAUUAUGUACGAAGUGUACUUUUAAAUAAUCAUACCGUUUAUCACUGCCGAAACUAUACUUCCAAUAACAUUAUACUCCUACUACCCGUCAAUAGAAUUGCACACAACGAUGCAUUUACGUUAUAAAUACGUCGAGAAUAGAUUUAAAUAUAAAAACGUUAUGUUCUUGUCAUUAAAGAACAACUUCCUGUUUGCUUUGAACCAGCUUCCUAUAACAUAGUCUGUAUAUAGAUAUUAUUUCCUAGUUGUUAAUUAAGUAUUAUAUUUAUACAUUAUGUGUACAUAAACUGACGCAAUAAAAUAUUUAAAACUUA